GCCAUUUGGGGGCGCCACGUGUGGCUCCUGAUCUACCUGUCGUCCGGGGUUCUGGGCAACAUCUGGAGCUGCAUCUGGAGCCCGGACUACCUCAGCAUAGGAUCCUCGAGCGCCCUGAGCGGGAUCAUCGGUGCAUGGCCAGUGUUCAUCGCGAUCACUUGGAACCAGACGACGCCGAAUGACAGAAAGGAGCGGGACAGGAUGAUGGUACUCGUCUUGUUCGCCAUUGUCCUUCUGAUUGGUUUCAGCUUCAUGCCCAUGGUAGAUUGGGCUGCUCAUUUCGGUGGCAUGGCGGCAGGCAUGACCGUCUCUGCGACGUGCUUCGCGCGGAAGCUGCAGACGCCCAGUUGGAGCAUCGCGACAGGAGUCAUCGGCGCGCUCAGCUCCUGGUCACUCUUCAUCGGCAGCCUGGCGUACCUGGUCCUCUGCGUGGAGCCCAACAGGCGGCUGCUCGAGCUGUGGGGGGGGGCGGCCGGCAUGGGCGGCAGGGUGCAGGCGGCCUGCGUCAUGGAAGCCGUAGGCCAUCGAGAGGCCAACGAUGCCACCAGCGAGGCCGACGAGAGGCAGGGCCGCACCUGCCCCGGGAGGACGUUUCGAACGAUUUGCCUGAACAGUGCGGCUAACAAGGCGGCCGUGGCCGCCGCCGGCUGCGGCGGGGCCGGGCUGCUCCUGUGCUCGCGCCGCGGGGACCUCGGCGCCUCCUUCGCGAGCCCGCCCGCGCCGCGCGGACACGCGCGCGGCGCCGCGGUGCUCCCCGCGGCAGCCGACCAGCGCGCCGCCGCGGCGGCGCCAGCGGCGGGGCCGGCCGACGGGGGCGCCGCGGCGCCGCGGCUGGCGGGGGCCGCGCUGGGACUGGGCGCGGCUGCGGCCGCGAAGGGCGCCUGGCGUGCCAGGGGCGCGGCGGCGCCGCGGACCCGGAGGCGCUUCUUCGGGAGCCCGGAGGAGGCGCUGGAGAACCUGAACCCGUUCAAGGAGUCCCCGGCCGAGAGCACCCGGAAGCAGUACCAGGCGAAGGUCGACGAGAUCAACGCGCUCGGCCCUUCCCUGAAGGAGAAGAGCGACGACGAGCUGCGGGGGCUCGCGCAGGAGCUACGCAGCAGGGCGCAGGGGGGCGAGUCCCUCGAGAGCCUGCUGGCAAUGUCGUUCGCGCUGGUACGCGAGGCGUCCGACCGCGUGCUCGGACUGAGGCACUUCGACGUUCAGCUCAUCGGCGGAAUGGCGCUGCACGACGGCAAGAUCGCCGAGAUGGGCACCGGAGAGGGAAAGACGCUUGUGGCCAUCCUCCCCGCGUUCCUGAACGCGCUGACCGGGAAGGGCGUACACGUGGUCACCGUGAACGACUACCUCGCGCGCCGCGACGCCGAGUGGGUGGGGCAGCCGCUGCGGUUCCUGGGGCUGUCGGUGGGCAUCGUGCAGAGCCAGAUGGCCAGCGACGUGAAGCAGAGGGCCUACCGCAGCGACGUGACCUAUGUGACCAAUAGCGAACUCGGCUUCGACUACCUGCGGGACCAGAUGUGCCCCACCCAGACGGACCUCACCCUGCGCGCGGAGAACCCGUUCAACUUCUGCAUCGUGGACGAGGUAGACUCCAUCCUCAUCGACGAGGCGAGGACCCCGCUGAUCAUCUCCGGGACGGCCCAGAACGCACCGUCCAAGUACCAGGUCGCCCGGGAGGUGGCCAAGAGUCUGAGAAAAGUUGUGCAUUACACGACUGACGAAAAGCAGAGGCAGUGUGUCUUGUUGGAGGAUGGUGUAGCCAUGGCGGAAAAGCUUCUCAACAAGGACGACCUGUUCGACCCUGACGACCCUUGGUUCCCCUUCAUCGUCAAUGCGCUCAACGCCAAAGAGCUGUACGUCAAAGACAAGCAGUACAUCGUGAAGAAAGGCGAGGUCAAUAUCGUCGACGAGUUCACCGGCCGAGUGAUGGAGGGAAGAAGGUGGAGCAACGGGCUCCACCAGGCCGUCGAAGCCAAGGAAGGCGUGGAUAUCCAAGCUGAAUCAGUGACCCUGGCGUCGAUCUCGUACCAGAGCCUCUUCCGCCUCUUCAGGAAGCUCAGUGGAAUGACGGGCACAGCGUUUACAGAAUCCAAGGAAUUCAAGCAGCGAAUAUAUAAGAUCGAGACCGUGGUAAUCCCCUCGAACAGAGAGCGCAAGAGGGAUGACAAGGACGACCAGGUGUUCGUCGACGACAUCGGCAAGUGGAAGGCAGUGGCAAGGGAAGUGGAAAACGCCCACCGCAUCGGCCGCCCAGUGCUCAUCGGCACGACUAACGUGGAAAACUCCGAGAUCCUCGCUGAGCUGCUGGACGCCUUGGAGGUGCCCUACAGGCUAUUAAACGCCAAGCCCGAGAACGUCGCUCGCGAGACCGAGAUCAUCGCGGGCAGCGGGCGCAAAUACGCGGUCACGAUAUCCACGAAUAUGGCAGGUCGCGGCACCGACAUCUUGCUCGGCGGCAACAGCUCCAUGAUGGCGCGUCUGAAGAUACGCGAAGAGCUGUUCCCGAGACUGUUCAAGGUGAAGAAGCGGGCCUGGGUCAUGCCGGACGAUUUCUACCCCGUGGACCUGACCAAGUCCGUCUCUGACAAGGUCAUGGAUGCCGUGCGGUUCGCCGUGUCUGAGUGGGUGCCGGACUCCGCGGAGAAGUUGGCGCCCACGUCCACGGACGCUGCGGCCAAGAUCCUGAAGAGCGAUCUGACCGAGCUCGAGGCGGACGAGCGCCUCUCGCUCGCGUGCGAGAAAGCCCCGACUGAUGACGAGGCCAUCCUGCGCCUCCGCGAAGCCUACAACCUGAUGGCCGCGGAGUAUAAGGAGGUGACGGAUCUCGAGAAGCGUGAGGUGAUCGCAUUGGACGGCCUCUACGUCCUCGGGACCGAACGCCACGAGUCGCGCCGCAUCGACAACCAGCUGAGGGGCCGCUGCUCUCGGCAGGGGGACCCUGGUGCAACUCGCUUCUUCCUCAGCCUCAACGACCAGAUCUUCCGAAUAUUCGGAGGAGACAAUAUCAAGAAGAUGGUCAGGGCGAUGAGCUUCUCUGGUUCAGACGACACGCCGCUGGAGUCUGGGCUGCUGUCCAGCUCUCUGGAGGAGGCACAGAAGAAGGUGGAGAACUACUUCUACAGCGUUCGCAAAGGCGUCUUCGAUUACGACGACGUCAUGGACACGCAGAGGCAGAUCGUGUACAGCCUACGCCGGCGCACGCUGCUUGAGGACGACGCAAGCAUCCGGUCGACUUUGGAGGAGUUCUCCGACAAGAAUAUGGAAGAUUUCGUUGAUGGUCACAUUAAUGUCAAGAAGCCUGUGAAAGACUGGAAGUUGGAAAAGCUGGCGGAGAACGUGGGAAUCUAUUGGACGGACCUGAAAGAGGUGGUGACGCUCGAAAGUCUGAAGAGCGCCGCGGCUCCAGGCGGCGACGAGGGCAUGAAGGCGGUGCUGGCGCUCCUGCAAGAGAAGGCCAGGGACGCCUUCGCGCAGAAGUGCGCGACCAUCGAGGAGAGCGGUCAGGGGCUGACGGGCAUGGUGACGCGCAACAUCUUGCUAAUGCAGCUCGACAACUUCUGGCAGCAGCACCUGAAGAACAUGGACUUCCUCAAAAACAGCGUGACGCUGCGGGCCUAUGGCCAGAAGAACCCCCUGACGGAGUACAAGCUUGAGGGAUACCAGAUAUUCUUGAAGAUGAUGUCCAGGAUCCGGCGCAACUCCGUGUACAACGUGGGGCUGUUCACCCCGCGCAAGCUCACUAAAAUGUCCAAGGAGCGCGUCUCCAGCCUCAUCCCGAACCGGGAAGCGCGCCGGAGGCAGCUGUCGGAGAUGUUGUCGGGACCCCAGGGCGAGAAGAUCAAGGAGCUCGCCGGGCUCGGCACCGAGCAGAACGCGACGGCGCGCACCAUCAACCUCGCGAGGCUGGCGCUCAACGUGCGGCAGCUGCUGGACGCGCGGCAGAGCCUGGGGGAGCUGGCCAUGGCGAGCUUCAGCGAGCUGCGGGAGGGCAUGCAGCGCGCGGGCCUGAUCACGGUGGGGGACCAGAUCCGAUGGGCCAGCGCCUGCAACGAGUUCGAGAUGUUCGAGGACGAGAUGGUAGGCGAGGUCUACCUCGGCAUCCGGAAGGGCGCCGAGGUCGCACCGGACUCGCCCCUGAGCCCCGAGGAGCGGCUGGAGGCCAGGCAGAACUUCGGCGCGACGCUGGAGGACCCCGAGUUCCUGCGCACCGUCGGGCAGUUCGCCACCUCCCCCAGCGCCUUCCUGGCCCAGAUGAAGGAGGCCGCCGGAGAGCAGGGCUGGACCGCGGAGAACAUCCAGCGCCUGCGCGAGACGUACGCCGCGGCGGGCGUGGACAUCGACGAGAUGAUGGCCGCGAUGAGCGAGUCCUCGGAGGCCAUGCCCCCGGAGCAGAGGGAGGUCGUGGAGUACAUGCAGGGGCUGUUCUCGAGCGGCGCCGCCGGCGUGUCAAGCGCGGAAAAGAAGGGCGCGGAGAAGGUCAAGGUCUGAGCCGUCGUGGCAUGGCCCGCUGCUGCCCCGGCCUGCUGCGGCCGGAGGCCUGUCGUCCGCCGCUCGCCGCUCCGCGCUUGCCCGUGCCUGUCCGGCCUUGUCCGCUGCUGUCUGUCGCAGACGAAGAUGGCCUUCUGCUUCCCUCCCUCCUCGCUGGCACUGCUGGAGGUUGAUCCUGUCCUGCCUCAGCGCGGCGCCAGCUCAACGAGCUUGCUAUUGGGCUUCGGCCAGACCGCUCGAAUGUACCAUCGCCAGCGUUUGAAUAGCUUGCUGUCUGUCCGACCAUGCGUCUGUGGCCCUCGGCCGUGUAGGCACCGCUGAAAGCGCGACCACCUCGUGGGACGUCGCGCCGGAUUUUUGGCCUCCUGCUUGGUGCCACAAUUUUCUAACGUUCCGCCCAGAGUGGCGGGGUGCAGGCCCGCCGCACAAGCAGACAAGCCAAACAUUGUCCACCCGCGCUGCCGCGCA